AAUUCAAUUUAUUCAGACGACCAAAUAAUUACUUAGAUUCUUUGUCAUUUUUCUUCUAAAUUCAAAAGUAGAGCAUACUCUGAUAAGUUUUAAUUUCAAACAGUCAAAUGUCUAAUCGGGAUGAAUGGUACGAGCUUGUGAUACCUACUGCACUCAGAAAAGAUUCCGGCCAAGAACCAUCUCAAUCACGUUGGCGACCAUAUCUAAAAUAUAUCAUAAUAGUUGCUGUUUUUCUAAUUGUUGUGGCUAUUGCCACCGUGACCAUUGUAUUGAUUGCGAACCGGGUUGAUGGCAGUGCAAACACUUCUACUGUGCCAAACGUAUCAUCAACUGUUGCUAAAUCUACAAUAACAACUAGAGCACCGCCAGUUUGUAACAAACGGAUAAUUGGAUAUUAUUUUGCAACACAAACUUCUGUUAUAACAAGAGAUCAAGUUUCAAAACUGACACAUGCAGUUUUUGCAUUUGUCAAUAUGACUUCUGAUGGACAUCUACAAAUUGACGGUGAUUUGGCGAAAAACAGAUUUACGAAUCUGAUAGAAAUAGCAAAACAGCAAACUCCACAAGUCAAAGUUAUGAUAUCAAUUGGUGGAAACGACAAUUCCAACAACUUCAAGCCGGGUUUAAGUAGUCCCGACAGAAAAAAAUUGUUCAUCAAUUCCACAGUAUCAUUCCUUCAAACUUAUGAUAUUGACGGUGUUGAUUUAUAUUGGAAAUGGCCAGGAAAAACAUCUAAAGACAUUUAUUCUCAAUUUAUCAAUGAUCUGAGAUACAGUUUGCAACGGCAGAAAAGAAACUAUAUUAUGUCGAUAGUACUACCACCACCUGAUAUGGGAGCCAACUACGAAGCAGGAAUUGAUAUUGAGAAUAUUUUUGACAAUGUUGAUUUUCUGAACAUAUUUACAAUGGGAUACUUUGGUCCAUGGCAAAACGAUGCCGGCAUGAUAACUGGUGCAGCUUCUCAACUUUUCAAUGGCGUUAAUGGAGUUCCGGGAAGAAAAACUUAUAAUAUUCAUCACUCAACAGAGAGAUAUGUUUGUAAAACUGGUCAAUCUGACAAAUAUAACAUUGCGAUUCCAUUUUAUACAAUGCUCUGGAAGCAUGUGAAAGGUCCAGUUAACCCUCCUAAUAUUGAAAUUUAUCGAAAUGCAACAUUUCAAGGAGGAGUUGUUGGAGAAACGAGUAUGUCUCGAAAAUUGGUUCAAGAGGAAGGCUAUGAUUUUUCAAACCCUACGUACAACCCUGAAAUCAGAGCUGCAUUCAAAUAUAAUGCUACUACAGAAACAUUCCUAACAUUUGAAACGAAUGACACGAUUGCAGCAAAAAUUGAUUAUGUGAAAGAUCGGAUAUUGGGUGGAGUAUGGAUUUGGGCAGUUGAUAUGGAUGAUGAUUCAAAUAAUUUAUUGAAUCUUGUAAAGUUUACUGGUUAUUGCACGGUUGGAAAUCUAACAUUGUAUAAUUGUUAAAUGAGUAACUUCGACCUAACUAAUUUGUAUUGUUUUUCCAGAAUUUAAUAAAUCGUUUAUCUAAA